AACGAAGUCGCAGCCAUGCGGGAGAUCGUGCACAUGCAAGCCGGCCAGUGCGGGAAUCAGAUUGGAGCCAAGUUCUGGGAGGUCAUCAGCGACGAGCACGGCAUUGACCCGACAGGCAGCUACCAUGGAGACAGCGACCUGCAGCUUGAGAGGAUCAACGUCUACUACAAUGAAGCUGCCGGCAACAAGUAUGUCCCCCGUGCCAUCCUUGUGGACUUGGAGCCUGGCACAAUGGAUUCUGUCCGCUCUGGACCAUUCGGCCAGAUCUUUCGGCCUGACAAUUUCGUCUUUGGCCAGAGUGGUGCCGGGAAUAACUGGGCCAAGGGCCACUACACAGAGGGAGCUGAGUUGGUGGACUCUGUGCUGGAUGUGGUAAGGAAGGAGUCGGAGAACUGUGACUGCUUGCAGGGCUUUCAGUUGACCCAUUCCCUGGGUGGUGGCACAGGCUCCGGACUGGGGACACUCCUUAUCAGCAAGAUUCGGGAGGAGUAUCCUGACAGGAUCAUGAACACGUUCAGCGUGAUGCCUUCCCCUAAGGUGUCAGACACAGUGGUGGAGCCCUACAAUGCCACGCUGUCCGUCCACCAGCUGGUGGAGAACACGGAUGAAACCUUCUGUAUUGACAAUGAGGCCUUGUACGAUAUCUGCUUCCGCACACUCAAACUCACGACUCCGACGUACGGGGACCUCAACCACUUGGUGUCGGCCACCAUGAGCGGCGUCACCACCUGCCUGCGGUUCCCUGGCCAACUGAAUGCUGACCUCCGCAAGCUGGCAGUCAACAUGGUGCCCUUCCCUCGCCUGCACUUCUUCAUGCCCGGCUUUGCUCCCCUCACGAGCCGCGGAAGCCAGCAGUACCGGGCCGUGUCGGUGCCAGAGCUCACCCAGCAAUUGUUUGAUUCCAAGAACAUGAUGGCGGCCUGUGACCCGCGCCACGGGCGCUACCUGACGGUGGCGGCCAUUUUCCGAGGCAGAAUGUCCAUGAAGGAGGUGGACGAGCAGAUGCUCAACGUCCAGAACAAGAACAGCAGCUACUUCGUCGAGUGGAUCCCCAACAACGUGAAGACGGCCGUGUGCGACAUCCCUCCGCGAGGCCUCAAGAUGUCCGCCACCUUCAUUGGCAACAGCACGGCCAUCCAGGAGCUGUUCAAGAGGAUCUCUGAGCAGUUCACGGCCAUGUUCCGCCGAAAGGCCUUCCUGCACUGGUACACCGGAGAGGGCAUGGAUGAGAUGGAGUUCACGGAGGCCGAGAGCAACAUGAACGACCUGGUCUCCGAAUACCAGCAAUAUCAAGACGCCACAGUGGAUGAGCAAGGAGAGUUUGAAGAGGAAGGCGAGGAGGACGAGGCUUAGGAUCGCGGUGGUUUAGGGGCAAGUGUUUUGGGGCACAGUCUGUUCAGCUCUGCUGCUGCAUGCUUUUUCAGUUCAAUUUGGUGCUUUAACAGUUGAUUUCCCUCAUUGCCCAAACCCUUUGAUUUGGAAGCACUUUUAUAGGUCAUUAAAACAUUUCAACAUAAUAAUGAAAAGUGGGUGCUAUGAAGCUCUCCACACUUUAAAUUGGGUCUAAAAGUAAACUUUGUAAAUUUUACCCUUAAGAAUAUACUUCCUUCCUUGUUAAGACAACUGUUGUCCUUCAGCUAUAUGUGUAAAGCUAUUGAUCAUACAAUUGUACUGCAGCUGUUUUAUAAAAAUUAUAAAUUUAUAUAAAUUAUAAAUUUAUAAUUUUUAUAUAUAUUGCAGAAGUUACUUAUGUCAUAGUUUAUCUGAAAUAAAGACUUCUCAGCUGCUCCAUAGACAAGGAAGCUAACUACACAAGCCGUAUUGAAAAUUCAGGAAUCUAGAAAUAGUAGUUUGGAAAGCCCAUUGAGGAACAACCUGAGAACACCUCUACACAUUUUGUAAAAUAUUUAGAUCAUUAUGCUCUCCUUGGGGUGCUAACACUAUGUUAAAAGAUAAUGUUGAUUGUCAGGCUUCUUGGGGCGUUUCCUAAUUGAGCGACGAGGGACCUGUGGUCUUCCAGAUAUUGUUGGACUCCAACUCCCAUCAGCCACAGGGAGAAUGGCGAGUGGGAGUUUUAGUCCAACAUCACUUGGAAGCUCACAGAAUCCACAUCCCUAUUUAAGGAAGCUGGGGUAUACUUUGAAGACAAAGGCAAGAAACAUCUUUUCAACAGUGUCAUAACAAGUCUGAAGCCCAAAUCGCCCUGACAUUAAGGAGUACUGUUGUCCAUUGAAAAGUAAGUUGCUACUUUACCCCUAAUUAAUGCAUCAAGAAUUACAGUACAAACUUCAUUUUUCCUGCAGAUGGUCCCUCAAUAGAGGUGGUGUCUAAGUAACUGGUCUACCACAACUCAAUUUAGGAGCUGCACUCAUGUUCAUUACAGUGAGGAAUUGUUUUCUUUUGUAAUUAAUUUAGUCAAUUUUUUUUAUAUAUAUAAAAAAAUCCUAAUCACACUCAUCUUCAAAGAGGAGAGUCAAGACCUCAGCCUAAAACUAAUUUCUUGAAGGUAUGGUAAAUGAUUAUCAUAAUUACAGGAAAACAAGAUUGGGCCUGUGCCUCUGAAGCUUCCUGAGAACGCAGAAGAUUGCGGCCACUGAUGGUAAGACUUUAGGUUCUCCUUCAGAUCACUACAUGCACCUGAAACCUUGGAGGAGUGGCUGCUGAGAAUAUAAUUUGCUGAGAGAACGUGUGGAACCUGCCUGUUUAACGGAGGAAGAGUCAAGAUCUGUCACUCUCUCUUUCCUUCAUGCUGGGUAGAAAGACAGACAUGGUUUCCUUUACCACCUUCCUAGGACUGGGACAGGAACCCAUUUUUCUGCAUUCCCUAGGGCAGGCAAGUCCCAACUCCCAAGAGACUGUGAUGUACUCCAACUAUUAAAAAACUGGCAGUGAUCUACCCAUUGGAUUAACCAAAGUUGUUGAGCUAUUUUUUCUUUUUGGGCGAUCAAUCAGGAUCACGCGAUCGAGCAUGGAUGCCCCGCAAUUGACUAGUUGGACAUGUCUGCCCUAAGGAAUAAUGGGGGUGGUGGGGGGUGGAAAGUGUUUCCCAAACUUGUGUCUCCAGUUGCUCUUGGACUACAACUCCCAUUAUCCCUAGCUAGCAGAAUCAGCUGUCAGGAAUGAUGAUGACAAAAACAACUGGUGAUCCAUGUUUGGGAAAACCUGUAUUAAAUGAACAAAUGCCUUAUUCAGGGUGGAAUUUGAAAAACGUGGUUGUAAAGGACUGAAACAAAGCUUUCUAAACGAGGGUUAAUAAACUAGCCCAUUUGGCCUA